CAAAGAAGACAUAAUGAUUACACUGGGUUAUAAACUUAUCAUCAUUAUUAUGGACUUCUGCAUUCUUUCAAAUGCCCAUUCUCUAGUUACUGGAAGUAAUGAGGCGAAAACUAAGGAUGUCGAUAUCCUCAGACAAUUGUUGAACCAGGAGUCUUUAUUCAGAAUAGCUCUGACCAAAGACGUCGAGAACAUAAAACAAUACCUUUUAUCAAAACAGAAAGAAGCCACAAACCAAGAAAAUGGCAUUUCAGGAAUUCUUCAUUCAUCGGAAGAGGGGAAUUCUAUUAACUCAUCAUUUUUUCAGACUCUUGCAGAGAACGUCAACAAUCACAAAAUAGAGGAAAUGAGAAAUGAAAUAUCUUUACAAAGAGAACAAUUUUCAAAAUUAUCUGAAAAUUUUACCAAGCUUUCAUCAGUUCUCUUAAGAGGCUUUGAGAGACUUGAAAAUAUGAACGUGACAAUAAACCCGAUGCAAAAGAUUGCUGUGUUGGAUAACGACGUUCUCGAUAAAAGAUACAGGGACUGCCAAGAGAUUCUCAAGGAGAAUAGAAGUCUGAUGAACCAGAACGGUGUAUAUACGAUUUAUCUGGGAUGUAACAAACCAAGGAAGAUCUUCUGUGACAUGACAACGAAUGGAGGGGGAUGGACGGUGAUACAGAGGAGAUUUGAUGGAUCGACAGAUUUUAACAGAGAAUGGAAAGACUACAAAGAAGGUUUCGGAGAUCCUAACAAAGAAUACUGGUUAGGGAAUGACGCAAUACAUGAUCUGACCGAUAGAAGACAAGAAGAAUUAUGGAUUGACCUAGAAAAAUUCUCUGGUUCGUUUGUGUAUGCUAGAUAUUCAAACUUCUCAGUUGGCAGAGAGCAAGACAAAUUCCAACUGUCUAUUGCAGGAUACAGUGGAAAUGCAGGGGACAUGAUGAUACAAUCUCAUUAUUUGAAUGGAAUGUAUUUUACAACAAAGGAUCGUGAUAACGACCGUCAAUCAGGUGUUAACUGUGCUGUUGAGUAUCGCACUGGAGGAUGGUGGUACAAUAGCUGUGGAUAUUCAAAUCUCAACGGUGUCUACCAGACCUCUAAUAAGGAAAACUGUAAGGGUGCUUUUUGGGGAGGAAAUUGUGAUAAUAUGAAAUCUGUUAAAUUGAUGAUAAGAUCAAAAUAAAAAAAAAUUGAA